AUGAUCGUGCUCAUUGCCUCGCUGAGUCUUGCUGCUCUGCUGCAACAAUCUGCCGGAGCUGUAAGUUUCUUAACGUUGUGUGGAGUGAGAGCUGCAGCAAAAUUUGCUAAUGCAUCAACUACCAAUGCAGCUGAGCAAAAGAUUGUUGACACGCACAAUGCCCUGCGGAGAGGAGUGAAACCAACUGCUAGCAACAUGCUGAGGAUGGAAUGGAAUCCUAAAGCUGCUGAGAAUUCCAAAUGCUGGGCAAGAGAAUGUACUUUAUCUCACAGUCCACAAAUGAAAAGGACUGUCAACGGAACAGUAUGUGGUGAAAAUAUUUUCAUGUCAACUGCAACUACUCAAUGGUCUACAGUAAUUCAGACUUGGUACGAUGAGGAGAAAUAUUUCAAGUAUGGCAUUGGACAGGUAACCCAAAAUGCCGUAACUGGGCAUUACACUCAGGUGGUUUGGUACAACUCUUACCUAAUUGGUUGUUAUGAGGCCCACUGUCCCAGAGCCUACUUCAAGCACUACUAUGUUUGCCAGUACUGCCCUGCAGGGAACAUAGAAGAUUCGCUUAAAACUCCAUAUAAGUCAGGACCACCUUGUGGGGACUGCCCUGCAGCUUGUGAUGAUGGACUAUGCACCAAUCCUUGCAGAUAUGAAGAUAAGCGCCCCAGCUGCAUUCACUUAGCAGAAGUGCUUGGAUGUGAGAAUUUACUGGUGAAGGAAAAUUGCCCUGCUUCUUGCCGUUGCACCACGGAAGUAAAAUAG